CACCAUUCCUAACAACCAAAAUGGCGACCUCUACCACACAAAUAAUGCCCGACGAAUUUACAGAGUUUGUCGGUUCUUCCAGCGAAGAUCAAGCAUAUGCCAAGGUUUUCUGGCAGUCGAUAACACUACACCCUCCGAUAGAAUCAAGACUGGUUUCCGGGGACAUUAGACAGCGUCUUCCUGUCGCAAAACCCAAAGGAACGUAUAUUAAUAAAUCUUAUAAACCAAUACAGAAGCCACCUAAAUUGACCAAAUUUCUACAUGUAUCACAUGGACAAGUUUUACAGGAAGAAAGUCUAAAGUUAAUGAAACAGGCACAAAAAAGAGAAGAAGAUUUGCAGAGACUGCGUAAAAGAAAAGAAGAGAGAGCAGAGAUUUUCACCGAAGAUCUCACAGCUAGAGAAAUUUUAGAAAUUAAUUAUCCUGCAAGAAUUAAUUUUAUGGGAGGAAUUUUAUCUUUUGGCGAGUUUUACAUAAGUUAUUCUUAUAAGCACUCUCAGAAAGCUAUGGUUUACAUGCAGUCAUUGUUGAGUGAAUAUGGAGAUGAACAAGAAGAGGAAGUAUCUGACGCUAUGCAACAGUUGGACCAGUUUGAUAAGAAGAUAAAUUCUCAAGAUGAUAACGACUCUGAUUGA